UCAGGAGAAAACUGAGAAAAAGAUUAAAAAAAAAAACACUUUUCGUGGAAGAAAAAAAAAGAAGGCCUUUCAAAAGAAUAAUAUUUUGCAAUCGAAACGAUAAGGUCAAACAAACGUAUCAACCGCGGCUUUCGUUGAAGCAUGCCCAAUAGCAUUGGAGCACGGCUAGCGAAAAUCUAGAAUGAUCGACUCAUUUGUUAGCUAUUGAGACAAGAGAACCAGAAUUUUUAAUUGUUCUGGUUUGAACGUAUAUAUUGACAGUAGAUAGCUUUUUGUCUUGGAAGCUUACUUCAGUAAGGUUGUAUUGCUUACCAAAACAUAACAAAAAUUCAAUCCAGUUUAGUCACUUGGGAGUAAAGGUGCAGCGCACGAUCAGUAUAACAAUUAAAGGAUUAUUUCACAGCGUUCGCGAAAUGUAUAUAUUCAAUGAGACUGUUCGAACGAUCGGAUUUUACUGCUGACGAAGUACUACAGAUACAUUUGUCUCAUGCAGAGAUGAUGCAUGCUGUCAGAGCGUUGAAUUCAGGUAGCGCAACAUUCUAAAACUCUCAGCGAGAUUCAACGAUUUAACAUCUAGAGAUGCAUCGAUGUACGGACGAUGUCAUUACAAAAAGGUCUCCAAUGCAAACUGAUAUUUGAAUUGUUGGUCCACGGUAAAAUCAAACUGUCAGUAGUGAAAAUUUAGUAGUCUCGAAAUGAAUACUACAUCUAUUCUUCUCUGUAUUGCGAUACAGGUUUAUCAUCACUGAUACCGGUGUGCAAGUUUUGUAUGGACAAGUCGAUUUUUUUUUACCAUAUCCAUAUUCUCACCUCGCUCUGGGUCAUAUAUGAAUUUUCCUUCUUGUUCCACCCGUUUGUCGGUAGAAACAAUGGGAUAUUUAUUGAGUUUACUGACUGCUUGCAAUCAUAGGUGUAGUGUCGAAUAGUACAUUAUGGGACGGAUUGAGGGAACGAUAUCCUACAUUGCGUCAUAAAUGCGAAGCUCUAACGUACUUUAAGAACAACCGUUACACCGUUUUGGCAGAUAAAACAUUAGUACAGUUUAAAUAUACUACAGUUUUCAAUUUUCUGUGAAAUAUAGUGAUUGUUUUGAAGGAACAAGUGCAUCGGUGCUUACAUUCAUACAGUCGGCAUCGUACUUGUUGAUUUGAAAUUAGCAAGUAGAAAGAAGUUCCGCGACAAGCACAAGAACAUUGAUAGUCACCGGUCUAGAGCUGAGCUCGCAAGCAAUGUCUAUACCAUUGGACAUAGAAUUGAAGAAGGCUCAGAAAAGAGUCACAGAUUUUCUAUCAAAAUUGAAAAUAUUGGGCGGCCCGACAAAAAGUACGAGCGUCGCGAGCAUUGAAAAGUGGUUAAAGCAUGUUUAUAUUGGCAUUCCUUCGUUGGACAAGGCACUGAGGAGCCUUCGUGUUGAAAAAACGCAGGGAUAUUUGACAUUCAACGGCACACCCAGUGGUGCGUUAUAUACGAUGUUCCGCGCAGCCGAUCUCGGUGGGAUCAUCAAACUCUCAAUGUUAAAAAUUCCGAUUCGAGCGAGCGAACAAUUGAUGUUCGACAAACUGAUGGCUGGGAAUCCGGAAAAGUUGGCCCGUGAAAUAAAUGAAGCCGUAACGGCGGCAAGGAGCAAACAUCCUGGCCUGAACACAAGGGCUGUAGCAUUAGAAAAAAUACCCAGAGAAUCGAAGAGCGCACUCAAAAGUUUUAUGCUCAGUGCAACCACUUCCGGUUCCCACAGUGUACACAGGUACACUACAGGAAGCGCGUGUUGGAUGAUAACCAUUAGAAAUUUAAAAGAAACAUAUUGUAAAGUACGACAAUAUUCGUGUCAUAAUCCAGGAGGACUUUCGUGCGAUGACGGUGCACACAGUGAUCAAUAUAACGUAACUCUAGUGAUCAUGGCUAUUGUUGAGCUUCCCGAUGACGACAAACGAAAACGAGACUUAGCGGAUGAAACUGGCCAUAAUGUACGGAAACUCGACAACUUCAUGAAGAAAAUGAUUAAUGAUCAGUUUCAUACGGUCAAAGCUUUUGUAAAACGUCUCAAAGAUAAAAAUCAACUACCAACAGUAAAUGUUUGCGGUUUGCAGCACCGCCAAAUUGAAAAUUCCGAGAUACCAAUGUGUCGCAUGUGCAAUUCAAGUGUCGAUCCGAAAAGCACUGAAUAUUCUGAUCGAGAACAAUAUCCUAAGAACAUACGCUUUCAAUGUACUCCAGAUCCUAAAUCUGAAAUUCUUAACUUAACACCGACAAUAUGGGAUUCCCUCAAAAAUGCAGUAGGGAACCCAUUUGCGGAAAUAAGAACGAGGAGAGAGCACGGUUGUUUCGGGUUGAGUAGAUAAACGGGUGGGGAGAAUACUGAGUCAGGCAUCAAUCAGAGCAAGAGGUGAAGAAAACCCAGUUGUGAGUAAGGCAAAUAACGGAGUAAGGAGAGCGAUAAGAGUUGACGAAAGAAUUAAGUGAGAUAGAAAUUAGGUAUAGCAUCAAAGAAUUGGUAUCCUUGCCACAGUAAUUUGGUUCUCGCGGUUAUUAUGCUUUUUCGAUUUAUACCAAAACGUUCAUGCCUUGUCGAAAUGCUAAUGGGUAUCAACAAAAAAACCAAGAAAAUGUCCUAAAGAAAAGGUCCUAAAAGAAAAAAACCUGAAAAACGUACGAAGCCUAAACGUGAAAAACUAUCGAACGAAUUGCUCAUUCGGUAUCUCUAUCAGUCAACAAAACUCCCAUCGAUAUUGAGAAAAGAUUGAAAUAUUUUUGUUU